AUGCACACAAACAUUUCCAAUAUUUCAGUGUGCUUCUGCGGCUCGUCAAUGAGCUUCUCACAACAGUAUGAUGUUAUCACGCAACCGACAUCGCCGACAUCACCAACGUCGCCGACUGGCCGACGUCUGAACAUGAAUCACGGUUUCCUCAAAUUCAUCGUUCGCAAUCAGUACAAUCGCGACGAAUUCCACAAAAUAGAGGAGUUGCGCAAGACGAAAGUACAGGAGAAGCUAAGAAGCGGAAGCGUUAGCUCGUCGAGCAGUAGUUGCAGUAGCAGCAGUAGCGGCAGCCCGAGACCCAUGAGUUUCGUGUAUGAGAAAAGCUAUUACGUCCCGCCGGCGCUACGAAAACAGAAAUCGCUCAAUGAAUCAAGUAGUGACGCAUACAUAAAGUCCGACGAAAACGCUGCGUCCGACAUUAGCGCAACUGCCGUUCGUAAUACCGACAGCGAAGCAACAGUAAGCUCGUGUGACCAUUUCGCCGACGAAGAUGAAAGAAGAGUUCGAGAAGGCGUCAGACGUCGACAUCAGAAGAAAAUGAUGCCGAUCGACGAUAUUUGCGUAUCGCUGGCCAACUCGCAUAUAUCCAAUGAGGAAAAGAAGGCUGAGCAGGAAAUUGCCGCCCAGAACUUGUUCACGUUGAAAAUGAGGCUCAAAAAUGACGUCAAUGUGGAGAUUGAUAUCCCGAGGGGCGCUCAAGCUGCACGAAUCGCAAAAGAAUUGACACGGGAGCACAACUUCAACGACAGUCAAUGUCGUCGUCUCAGAGAGUUCAUCGAGUUGCAGCUCAACAAACGCCUGAACUCGAGUUCGCCGCCGCCGAUAAUUGAUGACUCCGAAGUGGUGCUGACAACGUCGUCGCCAAUUUAA